AUGGCGUCUCAAGCUGCAGUUCCCCCAGCGCAAAAGAACUUUACAGUCGUCGUGCCCAUGGCCGUUCAGGCCUUAGUCGUUGCACAAGACUUUGCCUCAACAGCUGCUCAGUUUGCCCCCCUCAUCGAGCCCGACUAUGCAACUAUUCUACAGCAUGCCCAGGCUGGGGCUCCAACCCAUGAUCUCAUGGAUGACCUUGACCUCUCGUACUGGCGUAUGCAGGCACGAUACAGCACUCGCUUCAUCGACCCCAGUACAGGACAGCUUCGUUCGGAUCGUUGCGGUGUCUAUCUGUCUUGGUGUCUACCACGACUCUAUCGUGCCGCCAUCACGGCGACUGACAGCGCAACGGAUGCAACGGCAGGCUUGCGAGGCGAUGGCAAGCAGCAAUGGGACUCUCGUAAGGCUCGCGCAGGCUUCAAAUGCAGCGACGUCUCUGGAACCCAGGCUGCAAACGACAAGAGUGUGCAGUUUCGCCCUGCGCCAGAUCGCUGGAUCGUCAUCCGUCAGGUCCGUGGCAAGCCCAGCCUGACCAAGUAUGUCCUGGUCGAGAGCAACUGUAUCCGCAGGCUCCACCACCUGGAUAUAGCUGAGGACUUUGAGUCUGCGACUUGCCCAGCCAUGGACCCCUCGAGGCCCAUGGAAGACCAGCCUCUUUUGCGAAUGGGACGGGCUAGGCCACUGGCGCAGAUGAAUACCAUGACGGAAGGACGUGAAUACCGCGCCCCCUUUAAUUCUUUUGAGCUGGGGCAUGAGUACUUUGCCGACUACGCACCGCACAACAUGGGUGUCUUUUCGUAUUUCGAUAACCUCGAAGGCAUCGACGCCGAGGUGGUUGACUACUCUGUCAUUGGCUUUCACUCCUCAGCCAAGGACUCGGAUCCUCUCACCUUUGUCGACUCCCACAGACUUAUCCCGGAUGGCCCGCGAGCGUGCGAAAGUGGUGAGGUUGAGUCAGAGCUGCUGAGCAACAAGGAGCUUCUCGACGCUCUCCACCUCAAGCUCAGCCAGGAUACACCCGCUGCUACCAACUUUGAACGUGCAUCUGCCAGUAUAGCAGGGCGCACCCUCACCCAGGGAAUCUUGCGCAACGUCAGAUGGAGCCGGAUGGACUCUAGAGGCAUGCGCUGGCCAGCUGCCUUGUUGCAAGGGGAUGUAUAUGCAGAGCAACCUAUUUCCGUAGGCGUGCACAUGCUGGACGCUCUGGAAACCUACCUACACUUUGCCAUGAGUGGUAACCAGGCGGCCCAGGCUACGGCACAAUCGGCAUUAUCCCAACUGGUCAUGCGCAUCAUGGCGGAGAAGGACGACCCUGACUCGCUGAGAAAGGCUGCCGAGGAAGCCGCGUUGCAGUCGUUCCUAGCAAGACCUCAAGGCAUUGCCUGGGUGCUACCCAAGGACGACAAGAACAAGACAGAAACUAUCUCCAAAGAUGCCGCGAAAGAUCUUGUCCCCAAGUUGAAGAUUCUCAACCAAGGACAGGCAACCUUGGACACUUGCGCGCGAGAAGCCGAACAGCUCAUGCAGAAUCUAUAUGCCUGUUGGUGGAACGCAGCCAGUCUUCGAAAGGUGCCGUUGGAGGAGCAGCAGCCCGCAAGAGACAAGAUCCGAACAGAGGCUCGCAAGGUUGUAGCCCGUCUAAGAGAGCUAGCCGGGUAUAUUGAAAUCAACCAGACGGUAGUAGACUCCGCAAGGGAAGGUCUCGAGAAACUCAUCGGCAACAAGAAACUCGAGGCGAUUCCCACAAAUCCAUUUGGUCAGCAUCAAGAUCCCACCGUUUUGAUGGCCGGUGCCAAGUCUGGAUGGCCUGACAAAUUCAACGAGACCUUGCCAGUGCGGUUGGCCUCUCAGAUAUCCCCGGAUGCUUCUAGUGUGGUUGCGCCAGAUGAAGGGUGGCUUGAGACCGAGUUCAAGGACAUCUCAAGGCCUGUCGUCUCUUUAUUGCGGGAGCUCGAGGCCCCUUCGCCAAAGGGUGUGCUGAAUCCCUACGAAUCUGUCGAGGACAUGAACAACACGCAAGGAUGGUUUCCACUGUUCCUGGAAUGGGAGCUGGAGUACUACCACGUACCCUUUAACAAGUGGGAAUUUGAGAAUGACAAAGACACGGGCCGAUGGCGUUAUGUUAUCCCCACCGAUGGCCAGCUCUUGCUACACAUGGAUGACGCUGUGGGCGAAGACAUGCGCAUCAUAUCCGGCCGUUCAUCGUUUCUUCCUGAGACAGGCAAGUCCCUGGGAACAAGGAUCGAACAGCUGCUCUCCCAAUCAGCACAGUCGGAGCAGGACAAGAAAAGCCUUAAAGAGACGCUCCAAGAGGCUACUAGACUCGAAUACUUCGCUGCCGAUCUCUCCGGACUUGCUGAGCAUCUCACCACGAGGCGAAGGGGUCAUCAUCCCCGGCCAAAGGCAGGAGAUGGUAGCGGUAUCGAAAAGGUCCUCGGCAUUGACCCUCAAGACUUGCAGCAGUUGGAAAUAAACGGGCCAUCAAACUUGGCUCCGUACGGAAUCUCGACACCUCUUGAUCCGUCAUAUACAGACAAAUUCAGCCCCUUCAAGCCUGUGACGCAUGGUCAGGCACGCUUCACCAAGUUUGCCAUCGUCGAUAAGUUUGGGCAGGUUGUAUCUGGUAUCCGUCUAGGUCCCAAUGGUGAUGGAGCCAUGUACCCAUGCAUCUCGCCCAGUCUCGCGUGUGGCACGAUCCCUGCGGUUCAGAAGAAGGAGUCCGAGUAUUGGCCAAACACAGUUGUUGAGGCUGAGAGAGAACACGGGCGAUGCCAAUUCUUCCAGAUUCCGCCACGCAUCAACCAACCGGCGGGAUUGAACGCACACUUCCUGGAACCUCUCUCUGAUGCCCAAUUCAGGAGCUCAGGAACACCUGUCAGGAACAUUGCCAGCGAGUGGGACAACCCGAUCUGGGCAUGGGUAUUGCCAAACUUCCACAAUCAUAGCGUCCAAGUCUAUGGCCCAUCGGGAGACUUUGUCAUCGAGAUGAUUAUUAUUACCGAGAAGGAGACAGUGACCGCAUCAGAUGGGCCCAGCGAUGAAAUCAAGCAUCCCGCUGCCUCUGGCCGACUGCGUGUCCUUGUUGAUGCCAUCCGGGAUUACAAGCUAUGCUCAUCUCUCUUUGACAUGCUCACUGGCGCAAGCGACAGUGUGUUGGCCACAGGUACCAGCUUUGAUAGCGCCCUACCAGCUGCCCUCGGUCGUCCUUUCUGCAUCGCUGACGUGGGCGUCUCGAUUGAGCUCAGUUCGCCACCACUGGAGGAUGCUUCUCUAUUGUCCUCGGCAUCACCAGAGCUCAUGUUGGGCAACUAUGAGUUCCCCGUCGCGUUAGGGAAUCACACGGCAGCUUUUGACGGCCUAGUUGGCACCUUUCCCACAUCUGGGGAUAUUGACAAGAUUGCUUCGGCGUAUACCCAUGAUAGUGGGCAGCUAACAGGGUCCAGUCCCAGCAUCGUAAAGAAGCGACGCCCUAUGAGUGAGCACCCACAGCCCUUGCGUCUCAAGCCUUAUUUCCUCCCUGGAACUCUGGGGGGUGACCUCGACGCGGAACACCGCAAGCGGUUGAGUGUCGUCAGCACCAUCAUCGACCCCAAGACGCCAAUGCACAUCUACUCGGGGUCGCUAUUUCCGGUGGCCUCGCUACCACUACCGCGCUGGCCCGUCGACGAGGCUCUGAGGAAGCUACGCGCCUUCUUCGCAGUUGGACCGAUCUUGGUGCCAGCGAAGCCGGAGCACAACGAAGCACGCAUCAUGGUUCUGGACCCUAAUGGAGAGAACCUCGGGCCGACGAUCCAGAUGCCUCUGGGUGGUGGGGAGGGUGCAAAUGCCUGGCAAUGGUUGCAGCCUUCAAAGGAAAGCAUUGGGAAUAGGGAGACGAAGUGGUCUAAGGUGGCCAUCAUGCCGUUGGACGAGAAGCUAAAGACAGAUGCUGCUGAUCAGAGCCAGUUGGUCGAGGGUUAUAUUGUAGUGAAGAGUGGUUAA